AUGAGGGUAGUCUCGUCUUUACUGCUGGGCCUUCUGGGCCUAGCAUGCCAGGUCCACGCCGACCCGACAUGGCCAUCGGAUGUCGACGAGUUGGAAGAGAUCAUGUAUCAGAUGUUCAACGCAAGGUCACGAAAGUUCGCCGAUGCCGUCUUUCCCUGCAACAAAGAAACCAACGGUGUCGGCCGCCAGACUGCGGCCGAAUGGCUAAGGACCGCCUUUCACGACAUGGCACCGGCCAACGUAGCAGGCCCUGGGACCGGCGGCUUAGACGCGUCGAUUCAGUACGAGCUCGCAGUAGGCGGAGAGAACGCUGGCCCUGGCUUCGCAUCUUCGAUGACCUUCUUCAACCCUUACCUGACCCGCAAGAGCAGCAUGUCGGACCUGAUUGCCCUCGGAGUGUACGCCUCCGUGCUGUCUUGCAACGGCCCCUCGAUCGACUAUCGUUCUGGACGCAUCGACGCGACCGUCAAAGGCCCCACCGGCGUGCCGCAGCCCGGAAACGUCAUCCAGAUCUUCACACAGCAGUUUAGCCGCAUGGGUUUUACGCCCCAGGAGAUGGUUCAGGUGACGGCCUGCGGCCAUACCAUUGGCGGUGUGCACUCGGCCGAGAACCCGAGCAUCGUCCCUCCCGGCACUUUUGCGAACGGGAUGGCACCCAUGGAUACGACAAACGGCGUCUUCGACAACAAGGUUGUCACCGAGUACCUCGACGGCACCACAAAGAAUCCUCUCGUCUUCACGAUGGGCAACGGUCGCAGCCAGAACUCCGACUUCAAGGUCUUCAACUCCGACAACGCGACGAUGAGAGCCAUGGCUGACAGUGCCGUCUUCAAAUCCGCCUGCAAGACCGUGCUCGAGAAGAUGGUCAACGUCGUGCCAUCCAGCGUCACGCUCACCGAUCCCAUUAAGCCCUACACGGUCAAGCCGGUUGACCUUCAGCUCUCGCUCGCCUCGCCCUCCACCAUCCAGCUUCAAGGCGCCAUCCGCAUCCGAACCACCGAGAUACCCUUGGAUACCAUUGCGAGCCUGACCAUCAACUACAAGACCCGGGACGGGAGCUCCACUUGCGGUUCUAGCAGCUGCGCCUUCACUCUCUCGGUCCUGGGCAUCUCUAGAGGGUUGGAAGACAACUUUGCCUGGUACCCCAUCAGUCAGACUUUCCCUGUCAACACUGGCAUCUCGUCCUUCACCGUCACAAUCAAUAAGAAUGACGGCUCGAGCACGCUUUUCAACAACAACGGCAAUGGGUACCCUCUGCAGGAUGCCAUCUUCCUCCAACCGCUCCAGAGUUGCCUGCAGCAAUCUGCUGGCGACGCUACCUUUGUCGUCGCAGUCCGCAACGAUAGAGCGUCACUUCCGGUCAAGGUGGAGAUCUCGUACAAGACGACGCAAACGAACAGUGUCGUGCCUUUGUUGAACAAGAUGACUGUCGACAUGGUCAACGGAAGCUGCCAGGGCAGCUAUACAUUUUUCACCGUUAACACCAAUAUCCCCGGCGGUCUGAGUCCCGAGUCUACCAUGGAUUUUAUCAGCGGAGAGGGCGCAUCAGCCGAGGUUGACUCGUUCAAGAAGGCCAACACCAUCGGAGGUACUUGCCAGGCGUGGUCAGGGGGGUCGACCACCUGCAACAGUGUCACCGCCCCUGCCAUUCCCACUUCGACGACCGCCUCGGCCUCCGGCACCUCCAGUGCGGCUCCCACGGCCACGCUGUACCACCGGGAGACCAUGGGCGGGUACAAGCUCGUGUCUUGCUGGACCGAGGCCUCGGGCGGCCGGGCCCUCACCGGCGCCGCCUUCGCCUACGACGGCAUGACUCUGGACAGCUGCAUGGCGAACUGCACCGGAUUCGACUACUGGGGCACCGAGUAUGGACGCGAAUGCUACUGCGGCAACUCCCUGGCCCCCUCCGCCACUUCUGCCCCUUUGACCGACUGCAGCAUGCAGUGCUCCGGCGACUCGACGCAGUACUGUGGAGCCGGCGACCGCAUCGAGCUCUACUCGACCACGGCCACGCGCAGCACCAGCUCGACGGCCGCCCCGACGGCAACCCUUGCUCACAUCAACGCCAUCGGCAAGUAUUCUCUCGUGGGAUGCCAGACGGAGGCCGAUGGCGGCCGCGCUCUGCAAGCCGCUCAGACUGCUAGCGACGACAUGACCCUCGACAAAUGUGCCGCGUUCUGCUCCGACUACACCUUUUUUGGCACCGAGUAUGGUCGCGAAUGCUACUGCGGCAAUGAACUACAAUCCACCAGCAUGACUGCCCCGUUGACCGAGUGCAACAUGAAGUGUGCCGGCAACCCGUACCAGUACUGCGGCGACGGCAACCGCCUUGAGCUGUACAAAGUCAGCAGUUCGUCUCCCACGAUGGCCACGACGACGUCCUCCGUCACGUCUUCCGCCGCGUUCACAGGUGCAGUUUCAGGCAGCCAAGCCGAGCCCUCGGUCACUUCAGCUACGAACUCAUCCCAGACGUCGUCGGAUCCCGCAACCUCCAGCAGCGCAGUAUCCGCCACCAAUACCUCAAGCUCGACAAGCACCGUCCCUACCCUGGCUCAAAAACCCACCAUCUCCCCUUUCGCCUUGGUGGGUUGCUGGACGGAAGGCAACGGAGUGCGGGCUUUGAGCCAAAAGAGCUACGCCUCCGGUGACAACAUGACGCUCGAGUACUGUGCGUCCUUCUGCUCGGACUACAAGUACUUUGGAACGGAGUACGGCAGCGAAUGCUACUGCGGCGACUUCCGCGCGGCGUCCAGCUCCGAGGCCCCCCUGGCAGACUGUGCCAUGACCUGCAGCGGCAACCAGUACGAGUACUGUGGCGCAGGCAACAGGCUGACGCUGUACCAAUCCGACAAGCAAGUUGGCGAACCCGCCCAGCCGGCCACCGUCGGGGCGUACACGUUCCUGGGAUGCCGCACCGAGCCCGCACAGGGCGGACGCGCCUUGGAUGCCAAGGGCACCGCCUCGGACGAGAUGACGAACGAGGCGUGCGCGGCUUUCUGCGACGGCUACACUUACUUCGGCACGGAAUACGGAGGCGAGUGCUACUGCGGCAACGCACUGCCGGAGACAUCCCUCGAGGCGCCGGCGAGCGACUGUAGCAUGUUCUGCACGGGGUCCGACACCGAGUACUGCGGUAACGGCAACCGCCUGUCGGUAUAUCAGAAGUAA